AAAUAUCACCACAACAGCACAGUUGGUUUUAGAAGGUGUUCCGAGCAAGACUCAUAAUAUUUUUUCUCGAAUUUAUCUGCAAAUUAUUGUUAUAAAAAGUGGCAACAUGAAAGACGACCUUGUGCCAACGAUCGAUAUUUCACCCCUAUUCGGUAACGAUCUUCCAGCAAAACGGAAAGUUGCCGCAGAAAUUGAUAAGGCAAGCAGAUCUUCGGGAUUUUUCUUCGCUUCGAACCAUGGUGUCGAUGUUUUGGACGAGCUGGUCAAAACUACAAGAAAAUUCCAUCAGAGUCUUAGCGAAGAAGAGAAAUGGAAUCUAGCCAUUGUAGCUUACAACAAGGAGAAUGUUGAGCAAAAACGGAAUGGAUACUACUUGCCGAUCGAGGGAAAGAAAGCUGUCGAAUCAUACUGCUACUUGAAUCCGUCAUUUACAUCCGAACAUCCAAAAAUUAAGGCAAAAGUACCAUGCCACGAGGUAAAUAUUUGGCCAGACUCGAAGAAGCAUCAAGGCUUUAAGGAAUUCAAUGAAUCUUUCUACUGGAAAUUGUUUGAUGUCUCUGCAGCUAUACUUCGGGGUUAUGCUUUAGCCUUGGGUAAAGAAGAAACCUUUUUCGAUGAGCAUUUCAGGAAGGAAGAUACAUUGUCAUCAGUUCGUCUCAUUAGGUACCCGUACUUAGAGAACUAUCCUCCAGUAAAAACGGCAAAAGAUGGAACAAAAGUUAGUUUCGAAAGUCACGAAGACGCAUCCCUUAUAACAGUUUUGUAUCAACCAUUUGUGGCUAACUUACAAGUUGAGAUGCCAGACGGUUACAAAAGCAUUCCGUCGUCAGAUGAUUGCUUCCUUGUCAAUGCUGGUGGAUACAUGGCUUGGAUAACCGAUAAUUAUUACAGGGCACCGAUUCAUCGAGUUAAAUGGGUCAAUGCUGAGCGACUUUCAUUACCAUAUUUCGUAAUGUUGGGCUACGAUAGUACCGUUGAGCCUUUUGUGCCUCACAAGCCGGAUGAAAAACCAAAGAGACCAGCUCUAUCUUAUGGAGAUUAUUUCUCAAAAGCGCGGGUUGAUCUAGUAGUUAGCAAUGGUCAGACGUAAGAACUCUUCGAUUGUGAAGACUGUGUACCAGUAAAUAAAUAAAUUCGACUAAAAUUCCUGAAUCGAUGCACCUUAUUCGUAAUAUUAAGGCAACGUUAACUUUGAAGUAUUGCAAUGAAAUAAAGAAAUAAAAACUGAAAA